AUGGAGGACCCCCACCGCGAAGCAACCAACAUGGAAGGCAACCGGGCGGGGAACAAACCAAUGGACAUAAAAAAUAUUUACAACAUGAAGAAGGAAGACGUCAUCGUUCAGGAGUACAUCAACAAGAGCAGCAACUCCACGAUCGACAUGUACCAUAAGGACCAAGUGAAUAUUUACAUCGAAAAUAGCGACUUGAAUAAGAAAACGUAUAACUGCUACACGUGCAAUAUACAGAUUUACAAUUACUCCUUCUUCCGGUACCACUUUAAGUCCGAGUGGCACAAAUACAACUUGAAGAGGAAGCUGCUGAAUUUGAAUGCCGUAAACGAGGUGACCUUUAACGAGAAGGUGCAGAGCUUGACCAAGGGGGGUGGGAGCGGCAUCGGAAGUGGCAGCGGCGUCGGAAGUGGCAGCGGCGUCGGAAGUGGCAGCGGAAACGACCCGCAUAGUGCAAACCCCCCUAGCGGCAACCACUGCGCGCACAAGAAGCACAGCAACGGGAAGAAAAAGAAGGAGAAAAAAAACCACGCAGAGUUGUGCAGCGGCAGGAAGGCGAACAACGGAGGCAGCAACACGAGCAACAACUGCGAGGCGCAAAAAGUUAAAUACGCAACGAAGGAAGAUGUUUUAAUGACGAAGAAUGUAAAGUACGACAACCCCCAGGUGUGCUUCUUCGACAACAGAAUUUUUAACUCAGUAGAGGAAAAUAUAAAGCACAUGAAUGAUAACUACACAUUUUACAUCCCUGAUUUGAAGUACGUCACGAAUUUGAAGAAGGUUCUUCUGACCAUUGGGAAGAAAAUCUACGAAGAGAACAUGUGCAUCUACUGCUUUCGCUAUUCCAAGUGCGUCAAAUCGCUACAGUCGCAUAUGAUCUGCAAGAGUCACACCAAACUGCAUGCGGAGUUUUUCAUUUUCAUUCAAAAAUAUUACGAUUUUUCAAAGUCGUACGUUGAUUUGUUAAAUAGGUACAUUACUAAUAAGGAGGACAAGGAGUUGCUUCUGUGCCUGCUCCACAAGAAGAGGAGCAACCAAAUAGAGUCCAAGUGUCACCGCACCGCGGAGAGGAGCGCGGAAGAGGAGGCGCAGCAGAAGCAGUUCGAUAACACCUCAACGGGGUGUGAUCAAACCGCGCGGGAAAACCAUUCAAAUGUGCACCCCUCCAACGCGGAGGAAGCCAAAGCACAACUCGAUAACGAGUGCCAAAGCGACAACGGAAGCGAUGACUACAAAGUGAAGGAGGAAGAACUCAGCAAAAACAUCAGCUAUGACACCAUAUAUGAAGCCCUGGAACAGUUCGGGUACACAAAACCUGAGCUAAAUGAGUACAACAACUUAGUGCUUCCAGAUGGGUCGGAAGCUAUCAACAGAAAAAUUGCCUACAUCUUUAAGCAGAAAUUGCCGCUUGAAAAUAGAGCCACGUCCAAAUGUGAAAAGCUUGAUGUUUUGAAAAAAAGAGAAAGCAACCAGGACUACAUGAGGUACAGGUCCUAUAUCGAAGUUAUGAAGAAGUACAACUUGGAUUUGAAUGUGAAGACCAACGGCUUGAACAAGUUUUACAAGAGUGACUCCAUCUUCUUUUUAUGAUUUUUCGUGGGCCCGCGAUUGGCCAUUGCGGGGCGUGCACAGUUUGGGGGUAGACUUCCCUGUGCACUGCUGUGUGCACAAAACGGUGUCCGUGCGGGUUUGGCCCCACCCGUUUUCACCUAACCCUCUGUGAAACGUAUGCACACGCAAAUGCACAUGCAUAUAUAUUUACAUUUAUGUACCCCCCGUGUGCACCGCCGCUUACCCUCUUGUGUUGAAUAAAGCCUUCAUCUUCACACGGCAUUCGCAGCAUGCCAGCAUUUUGCAAAACAAAAAAAUGAAACUAUAAAGAUGCAAAUUCCACGUCAGUUUUUGCGCAAAACUGCCGUUCAAUUUUACCAACUGUGUUAUGUUUUUAGCUAGCUGG